AUGCCUUACCAGUAUGGGCACUUUCCGCCCAACGAGCUAUAUGGCUACGACUAUACGCAACAAUAUGUGCAACCUUACACUGGAAAUGUCCAUCCUCAGAACCAGGUGCAGGUCGUCGUGCCACAACGGCAGUCAUUCAAUCCACAUCUCCUCAAUCAAUCUCCGUCGCAACCAGCGAACAACUACCCUUCACAACUGCCACAACCGCAGUUUGCUAACAAUCCUGGCUUUGACCAGGGACCGUACUACAACCAGGCGUCUCUCUUGCAGAAUAAUCAACUGUAUCCACAAGAGAAUUCGGGUUAUACUGCCUCCAACCAAUAUUACCACCAGCCACAACAGUACCAAAGUCAACGGCAGCCUCAAGUGGUCGUUCCACCUUCACCAGUCCGACAAAUCCAACAGCAACAAGUAGCCGCUCCAGCCAUUGCGACUCCUGUUGUAUAUCACCACAAUCGCAUGCCUUCCAAUCCUGCUCAACCACAUCCAAGACCUUCACCAGUUCAUUCAAUUCCUGUUGUCCGUGUGCCUCCGAGGCAAGCCAUGCCCGAAUCUUCUAUUCUUCAGCAGACCAAAACGAACACACCUCGUCAAUCCAGUGCACAAAAACCAUGGACAGAAUCAGCUCCUGAAAUCCCUUCAGCGCAGUAUCCAUCAGUACUGCUAUCGCUUGCAGAUGAGUAUCUUGAAGCGUCGCGAUGUAUGGAUGAAAGGACGGAAGAUUACUACAGCAUUGUGGCAACCGCGCUUGCGUGCAUGGAGACCACACUAAAGAAUUUCAAACUCUCUCCUUUGAGAGAGGCACAAGUGUCUCUAAAAUAUGCACAAGCUCUUUACGACGAGACUGAUAACCUCGAUGUGGCUGAAACCACUUUAAGUAGAUCAAUCGAUCUAUGUGGUAGAAUGAAUCUUGUUGACCUGAAGUAUGCCAUGCAGCUCCUCCUUGCCAAGGUGUUGUUUCGUUCGAAACCAAAAGCUGCAAUGAGAGAUCUGCAGGCUAUGAUUCAGGACAUCGAAACAUAUCGUCACAGCGCUUGGGAAUACUCCUUCAGAUUUCAAGCUGCUUUCUUUGAUCUCGAAUUAUCAGCUGCUUCGAAUUUGCACGACGCGGUACAUCAACUGGAAAGGAUUCAGCACAUCGCCAGGCAGAACAACGACCAUACAGUUUAUGCUUUCGCGGCCCUACUUGAGUCUUUAGUACACCUGAAUGAUACAGCACAAGAAAGUGUUACCCACGCUCAAAGUGCACUUGCGAAGGCACGAAGUCUGCAGCUGAAUCCAGAGAUUGCGACUCACCCUCAAGUUUCCAGCAUGAUGGAUCUACUAGAUGUUGUCUGCUCGCUACAAAACGGAAAGACCACUACUGAGGACUUGUUGCAGAGAAGAAAGAACAUGGCGAAAACCAUCUCGGAUGCUGUUCAGAGGAACCCACAUUGGGCUAAAGACGAACUGCUCUGGUUACGCAUCAACCCCACCUCGCUACGAGGUGUCGCUACCCAAGACUGUGGUUUAGUACAGGAAGUUGAUGGCAAGUAUUACAUCGCUCUCACAUGGAUGGGUAAACUCGAGCUUGAAGGUGUGGGCUAUCUUGUCAAUUCUAUUUGUUGGACAUUAGCAAGUCAGGCUUUCCAUGAUAAGGCCAGAGCUUACAUGCGAGAAGGCUACAGAAUUCCAAACGAUGAAAUACCCAACCCCCCAAACAGUGAAAACGGCACGAAGCCUCCCAAACCUAUCACUAUCAAGGACAACGAAUUCAGGAAUCGUAGCCACCUCUUAGCAGCCCAUUUCCAGUCCGAGGUGGCGCUACUAUCUUAUGCACAAGGACCGCUCGACGAUUGCCCAAAAGCACUGAAAGCAUUGGAAGGACAUUUAGCACGGACCAAACAGGUGCCCCAAGAAUACAAAGCGCUUAUCGACUACCUGAAGGGAUGCAUAUAUCAGGCAAAUGGCAAUCUCGGCGCAGCCGUCAAGCACUUCCAAUCUCCUGACCUGGCUCUACAACCCAAACAACGAUCAGAUCAGACACCUAACCAGAAACAUCAGCAGGCAAAUAGAAAAGACACUAUCCUCCUCCAAUUACAGCUAUUAGCGGCGAUGAAUGUAGCCAACAUCAUACGCAGCCUUUCACAUCCUCAGCAUCAUCAUCUGCAGACUUUGUUCGCCACAAUAUCCUCUCAUAUGACGCCCAAUUCUCCGGCUAACAUUCGGUCAGCUUACAACGUCCUUCUUGCUGCCAUGCCAGCUGAUUCCACAACUCUACAAGUAAAGUCUGUACUUUCUACAGCAAUGUAUCUCGGGCGUGACACGAAGAACCACCAGAUCUCUAGUAUUGCUCUGGCUUUGAUUCAAGACCGAUUCUUCCGUGGUGGAGUACAGGACAAACAGGCUGCGAAAAGCGCCAGGACAGCUGCUUACAUGGUCAGAGAUAAGUGGCAGAACGCCCUUUGGUGGGCCAUAUGCGGGAAUAUGGAAGUUGAGAGUCUGUUAUUACAAGUCCAGAGCCAAGGUCUCCCGAAAGGCACACCAGAACACGCGAAGGCAUGGGACGAGAUUCGUGCAAAGAGAGAGGAAGUACAACGUGCUUGGCAACGUGUGCCACCAAGAGUGCAACAAGAGAUGCAAAGGUGA